AUGCCGAUACCUUCUGAAGUCGACCCCAGAGCUGUCAAUCUCGUAGGGCCUUGUGCUGUGCAAUUGGCUCGGAAGCUUGAGAAGGUGCUUGAAUCCCUAUAUUCUGGGAAUUUCACGACGCUUGAGAAAUCAGAGAUUUUUCUUCUGAGCUUGGGAAAGAAUCUUGAGAAUUGGAUCAAGGAUCUGCCGGGACCAUUGCAGUGGAGCUCUUCGAGCCUUGAUCUGAGAAACAAGGCUGCUCCAGCGGUGCUGCAGCUAUACAUGCUCUAUCAUGAAGCACGUAUUUUGUUGUUCCGACAGUUUCUAGGCAGUGAUACCGGACCGAAACUGGGUGCAGAUGAAGCCUGCACCAGUUCUGCCGUAGAGAUAUGCAAAAUACUCAGAGUUUAUCGACGAGACUAUACCCUUCGUUACAUAAACAUUACAGCUGUCUCGGCCGUCAUGGCAGCCGCGGUGGUACAUGUCUACAAUUCUUGCAAAAAUUCUGGAGCCUCUGGCAAGGAAGCACAAGAUAACCUCCUCAUCUGUUUACAAGCACUGGGAGAAAUGGGACGGGUGUUCACUACCAGCAUCCAGGGGCUGGAUGUUAUUAGUUCUUUGAAGCGUCUGUGGCAAAAGCGACAAUUUCAAGAGAUCGGUUUGAAACGACGCGGCGAUCCCUGUUUGCUGAAAGAGUGGCAACGGGUGGGAUUUAGCCAAGGCACUGUGGUACCACCUGUUGAGCCUGCCAUCAUAACAGCAAACACCUUCGACGCCAACAAAGAUCAUGAAGCAUCGGCCGAAGAAAUUGUCUACGAACAGACCCCCGAGGACAUCGCCGCUCCAAAAGUCAUUACGAAGGUCGUGAGACGAAUUGACUUGCAACUUUUGCCGGUGCUGACCUUACUUCUCUCUGUGUGUUUCCUAGAUCGAGGAAACAUGGGGCUGGCAGCUGUUGCUGGCAUGAGCAAAGAACUUGGAUUUGUUGGAUACCAAUACUCGAUCACUCUGCUCGCCUUUUUCCCGGGAUAUGUCUUGUGUGUCCUACCCAACAACUACUUGCUCGGCAGAGUUUCAAUUCGUUACUGGCUGACCUUUGUCUCGAUCGGAUUCGGGCUAUUCACCCUCGCAUCCGGGUUGAUUCACAGUUUCGAAGCACUGGCCGUGGUUCGCGCAUUUCUGGGGUGUUUCGAGGCAUGUGCUGUUCCGACCAUCGUGGUCGUGCUUAGUGCUUGGUACCCACGAUACUAUCUCGGGAAACGGAUUCCUAUAGUGUGGUGUGGUGCAACUUUCAUUCAGUCCUUGGCCGGGAUUCUCGCCUACGCUUUCUCUCGUGUCCAUGCGGGCGGCUAUGCAGGAUGGCGCUGGAUUUUUAUUCUAGAAUCUAUCCUGACUGUCGUAGUCGUCGGUAUCCUCUCUCUCGUCUUGGAUGAGUAUCCAAACAAGUCUAGAAUGCUAAACGACGAGCAACGACGCGUUAUAAUGGCCUUGAUCGCCAAGGACCGGGCCGAGAACGAAGAAGAAAAGGUGACAGCAAAAGCAAUGCUCGUUUGUUUAUUGGAUUGGAAAGUAUGGGCUUAUGGUGCAAUGUACAUGUUCAGUACUGUGACAACCAACAGCACCAGCUAUUUUGCGCCUCUGAUUCUCAACCAGCGAAUGGGGUUCAGUGGAGCGCUUAGCCAAGUGUUAACGACACCGCCCUACCUCUGGGCCUUCAUUCUCGACACCACCCUUGGCUGGUUUUCCGAUCAUUAUCGACUGAGGUCGCCAUUCAUCUGCUUCUUUAGCAUCAACACAAUCAUAGGAGUUACCUUGCUCCGCUGGGGACCUCAGACUGCCUCGCAGUAUCUUGGAAUCUUCUUGACAGUCGGAGGAGCAUUUGGCAACAUCACUACGAGUGUUAGCAUGGGGCAGAACAAUACUCCCACCCGUAUCAAACGAAAUGUGGUCUCUGGGGUGCAGAUGAGCUUGGGAGCGAUUGGCGGAAUCAUUGGCUCAACAGUGUUUCGUUCUCAAGAUGCUCCUACGUAUACGCCGGGAAUUUCUACCGUGAUUGGCUGCACCUUUGCGAUUGCACUGUUGGGGCUUCUCCUUGCUGCAGACUAUCGUCGUCUGAACAAAGCACACAGAGAGCAAGGCAGGGUGUUAGAAGGAGAGCCUAGCUUCAUGUAUACCUUGUGA